AUGCUAAGUAGAGCCGGUAAAUUAGCAUCGCUUGGAUAUUUGCAGGGGGCUCGCACGAUCCCGCUAAGGCAGUUCCACAUUUCUUUGCCGCUAGCUGAGUACAGAAAGUGGGCCGACCUUUCGACAGAAGACAAACAAUCGUUUAUCAACGGAUAUGCAGAUAUGUACAAGGAAAAACAUCCUUGCAGUCACAGUAACACAAUGCACCGCACCUUGAUAGGUGAAAUGGAGGAAUACGGUGAUGCGCCUUACGUCUUUGGCAUAGUAUACAACGAGAUUAGAUCGAUUGCGCAGGGUCAAUCUGUGCACAAUGUAAAGGGCAGUGGAGCGCUUGGUGACCCCGACUUCGAAAAAUUGCUAUACAAAUGA